AUGUUAACAGAAGGUAAGAGCAGAGAGAGGGACGAAUUCAAUGUGGCUGAUUUGGUGAAUGGCACUAUCUGGACACUUGAUAGAUUGUGUGGAGAAAACUCAUGGAUAUUGUGUCCCUAAAGUUUUUGGGUGAAGCCCUGAAUAGAAAAUGAGGUGAAUGUGUCUGGUUUGAUUAUUCAUGCGUGUGUUUUUGUGUGUGUGAGAGUAGGACUAAAUCAUGUCUCCCUUAUAUCAUCGAAAUAAUAGCGCCUGCCUGUCAAUGCCACCAUGCCAAUAUACCAACUUAGUGUGCUUAUAGCAUUGCUGUACAGUACAUUCUUUUUUAUAUCAACUAAGCUGCAUGACUGAAAUGGCUUCUCAUUUUGGCUAGACUUGUGGAAACAUUCCCAGUCAGACAAAGGGCCUAGACAAAGGGCCUGUUCUCAAUCACCUCUCCCCUGGUCCUGAGUCCAAAUUCCAAGUUUUAUUUGGAUUAUCAGUAAUAGGAUUUAGAAACCUGGUAUCCUCUCUCUCUCUCUUUCCCUCCAGGGAUUAUGGCGAAACACCCUCCAUCCCCUACCACUCCAGUAUUUUUUACUCGGAUCAGUGAUCGGGAUCUAACUGAGAUCGAGCUACAUUCCGUGGAGUCCAUCAACGACCUGCACCGCACCCACCCAGAGCACAACCACAAAGGUUCCAGACAUUGCCAGGCUGUAUUGUGUAUAGUGAUUGCAUCCAAAGCUACCAUUGAAAUGUGAUGCUCAUUACUCCCCAUUACCUUUAGUCGCUAGAAUCUCCACUGUCUCUAUGGUCUCUAUAGGCAGCAGACGACCUCCCCUUCCUCCUGCUCCCUCCACCAAUGGGAACCUCCAUCUCAGGGACAGACCGGUUGUCUGUCAGACAGGGCAUCCAAUGAGAAGCCGAUUGCAGAGCGCACUCCGAGACCUGUUGAUGCCCGCCUCGUUUCGAUACACCAUGGGGUGUGCAGUGAUAACACUGACGCUGUUGACGCUACUUCUUAUCUUCUAUUUCUUAGGUAAAGAUAUUCACUUACUCUUUCUCAAUCUUGAUCUGAAAUCCAACUAGGCCUCAACAUUUUGCCCAUCCCUUUCUGUGACUGUGUUUCUGCGUUCCCUCUCCAGUGCAGCAGGGUAGCGCUCUCCGGUCCCUGACUGAAGCAGGGAGGGAUAGACAGGCUGCGGCCCUAGAGGUCUCCCAGCUCAUCCAGGAGCUGCAGGCGCUGCGCCAUAACCUCACAGCCAUCACGGGAGGAUCCUGA